AUGGAUCCUUCCGCCGCCUCCUCAACGGCUUCAGAGCUUCCGCGUCACACCCUCUUCCCACGCGCCCCGCCUGACACAUUCCCUGCUUCCUCUCCACCGCCUUCAUCUUCCUCCUCUCCAUCUUUCUCUCCAUCUGUCUCUCCAUCUUUCUCUCCAUCUUCACCUUCCUCUUCACCUUCCUCUUCGUCUCUCUCGGCUUCUGUUUCGUGCUCUUCGUCUGCCUCUUCGUUCACGGUUCUGAAUCGUCAGAGGUCCUCGCGCGCGGCGUUUAGUGCGUACGAAGCAUGCAGCUAUUUUCUUCCGUUCGCGGCGGUUUCGGCCUCUUGUGCGCCCCACCAACGCUACGAGGCUGUCUCCUCGGCUCUGUCUCCCUCCUCGCUCUCCGCUGCCGCCCAGGCCGCCUUCUCGGCUGCCCCGUGCUGCGCGUGUCCGCGCGCAGUCGCCGGCGACUGCAGGCGUCUCCGGUCCUGGGAGCGUCUGGGGCGCGUCGACUCGCUCCAGCUGCCUGGCUUAUACGAGAAGCUCGUCGCGCUCCUCGAGAGAAAAGUGAGAGUCCGUAGCGACUUCCAGGAGGCCGAGCGCGAGAGCGAGGAAGACCUCGGAGCAGAGGAGAGCGCGAAGACGCGUCCUGAGAACGAAGCGACGGAGAAGAGAGACGCCAGCGAGCGGUCGGCUGACCGACACGAGGCCAGGGACGAAGGCGGUGCGUUCUGCGAGGAAAUAGGACGAGGUGGAGAGGGGAAGAACGGAGACACAGACGACCCGGGUUCGUCGGCCGAGGAAAAGCGCGAAGACGACGGCCGGAUGCAGAAAGAGCAGAAAUCGCGACAGUACAGAGAGGCCACAGUCUGCGAACUGCUUCUCGGAUCUGCAGUGUACAACGCCAUCGAGAUGGACGUCCACCGGACGUUUCCCUCCCUGCCGUUCUUCAAAGAAGAAGGACAGACUGCUAUGCGCCGCGUCCUCCAGGCGUAUGCCGCCUUUGACCCAGAAGUGGGGUACGUGCAGGGGAUGAACUUUGUGGCCGGGACGCUCUUGCACCACAGCAACACGUGCAUCCACUGGAGCGCCGGCGACGCCCGCGGCGUCAUGGGCUUGCUGCUCGCGUCGCCUGCGGACGAGGCGCCGUCUCGCGUUCUCCGCUCACCCGCCUCGGCGCCGCGCGGCGGAGACAUCGGGGCAACUCCGCACGCGACUGGCGAGGGAGGAGGCCGAGGCGCGGACGCGACGCGCGACCAGGACGGUCUCCACUUUUGCAUUCGGACGCGCGAAGGCCGCGUUUUCUGGCUUCUCGUCGCCAUGUUCUACCUUUACGACAUGCGCAGAAUGUUUCUCCCGUCCCUCCCAGGAGUCUUCGAGAAGUGCGACAGAAUCGAACGCAUGAUGCGCAUCGUCCUCCCGGACCUCGCCGAACACCUUAACAGCGCGGGCGUCUCGCUCUCUCUCCUCACGUCGGACUGGCUGCUCACGCUCUUCUCCUACAGCGUACCCUUGGAUGUAUGUACAGCGGUGUGGACCAAGUUCUUCGAGGAAGGCUGGGUCUUUGUGUACAAGCUCGUCAUUGCGCGCUUCAAAAAGGUGAAGCGGCAAAUGUGCAAUCAAACCGACCUCGUUGAGCUCGUAAAAACCGCCAAGUACUCUGCCCCGCAGAACGCCCUGGCUGCCGUCGGCGAGUCAGUCGUUUCUUGGUUGCUGGCGAAUCCACGCAGGUCAUCGGGGCGCGCCGGAGCCGGCGACGCGCCAGCAGCGUCCUACUUGACCUCGCUCGGUCUCCUUCUUCAGCAGCAGUUGCAGCAAACGCCUUCCCAAGAUGCCCUAACCUCUGGCUUGGCUGUGUCGAAUGACCCGAACGCAAGUGGAUCUAAAGAGAUGUGGAGAGACAUCAUUGAGGACGCAAGCGAACUCGACGUCGACAGGCGCCUCUUUUUGCAGGUGGAGUUGGAGAUGCUGGAACGCGAGCGCGCGCAGACUGGGGAGAAGGCGGCAGCUGCGGAGACACCGCAGACUCGGCGUGUGGCAAGCCAAAACGGGCCGCGCCUCGCGCAGGCUGAGGCGCGCAACCUCGCGAGCAGGAGCGGAGACGCGAAGCUUGGUAGCCUUCCUUCUGAAGGCGGCAGCGACGUGUCGCCUCGGAGAAAGACAGUUGGUCUCUGGAAACCGACUGUGGGGGCGGCGAAGGAAGCCGAGCUGCGCGAAAAGGUGCGCAACCUUGGAAGAACUACAGGACAGGCGGCUGGAGCGGAGGAGGCAGAACAGCAAAGGGGUGGAAGCGAGAACGCGACAAGGCAGGCGAAACUUUCGAAGGACAAGACUGGAGGCGAGGAACAACGCAGCUUUUUGGUGGACGGUUCUCCGGAACUUCCAAAAGGCGGCGCUGAGAGCUCGUGUGAAAAUCCAGGAGCCGUGUCAACGGCCCCAUCAACGGGCGGCCCGUCCCAGGGCGCAGCGAGCCGGGACGAGUGUGGCGACAGUUCCCGUUGUCGCGGAACGGGAGGGGGGGAAAAGAAGUCUUCAGACGCCGGGGGAAAAGACGGCGGCCGCCUCGCGUGCUCGCCUCUCCUCCACGUCGCGAAAUGCCUCGCUUUGCUUCGCAAAGCUGGAGAGGAGGACUUGCGCACUGAAACGGAGGAACUUUGCGCCGAGUGUUUCGCCCACCAGCAACUGCUCUUCCACGUCGCUGAGCAGAGACAACAUCUUCAGCAACUCGCGAUCGAAGCCCUCAAGAAACCGAAACAAGUCCCCGAGGCGCUGAGACACUGGAGCGCCCACGGCGCGAACAUUUACGACGAAUAA